AGUCAAACCAUUAAAUUAAUAAAAUAAAACAUAAAAAAAUACUACAAUCAAAGGCCACUAAAGGUAUUAAAUAAAAGCAAUUAAAAACAAACAAAGAGGUGCUGUGCAAAAAGAACAAAAUUUUUCUCUGGAGAACCACAUGGAUAAGAAAAUGGCGGACCAUGUACAGAUGGAAGAAACAAACAUGAAGCCCAGCCCCGAUUCGGACAAACCAACUGUUGCGCAUAGGAAACCAACAGCGUCACGGCCAGCAACAUGUUGAGCCAACGUCAGACCCGCUACAUAUAAAUGUAGCUGAAACCAACAAUCCUAAACAUGUUGCUGAAGACGAAGUAGAGAUGACAUCAGACCUGCUACAUGUAAAUGUAGAGAACAAACAAAAACGGGUUGCUGAAAAUGAAACAAAUAAAGAAAACUAUAUAUCACAAGCCAGUAAUAAAAAUAAAUCGUCCACAAAUAAAAUUAAAGCCAAAAAAAACUUAUUUCAACCACUAACUCAGGCAUCUCCCCCAACAAUGACCAUGAGUAGAUCUUCACCCCUGACGGAGCUAGAAAAUAGCAAUGACUUGGUUAAAAAUUGGCUCAGGGAUAUGCCAAUGACUAGGACCCUCAACACGGCAGUCAUCCCUGCCCCCGUUAUUACCCCCGGUAAAAGAUUGAAUAGGGACAUGGACAGCACUGAUGAGGACAACUCCUCCAUCGGCACACCGAGAAUGGACCUUGAUCUUGACCUUAACACCCCAAAAUUCCAAAGCAUCGCCGCCAAAAAGUUUGCCUCCGAUUUCAAGAAGGUAAAAAAUCACAACUCCACAGAGGCAAACAGGCUAUCAACGUCACCUCCCAAGAAGAAAGGUAAUGACACUGGGGUGUCACACGUCGUCCCUGUGCCAAACGAAAAUGCUCAGCCUUGUCCACUCCCCACAAUGAGUAGGCAUAGCAAAGAUCUCAAUGACAGCGAAAGUAACCAUAUCGAACAGCCAGAGCUCCUUCCAUGGCAGGUAGUGCCAUCGAGCAAGAGGGUGCCUUCUAUUCACAUAGCUGGUGUCAAAGCCAUAGUUCCCCUACUAGAAAAACUCAAUUAUACAGCGGGGGUGGACAGCUUCAAAACGAAAAGCACCCCGGGGAACGGUAUCAGAAUUCAAUGCGUUGAUAUGAACGCCCAUAGGAAAAUAACACAACUCCUCCACGACCAAAAGUUGCUAAUGCAUACGCACCAGCCAAACGGUCAGCGUGGUGCACGCUAUAUUCUGAGACACCUGCACUACUCGACGACGAAUGAGUGGAUUUUUGCUGAAUUAAAAAAAAGGGCCUUCGUCGUCAGAUUCUGCGCCAAUAUGAAGCAUGUAGUUACAGGAAGGCCAAUAAACAUGUUUGAGUUAGAGAUUGAGCAGAAAAGGGAUGGCUCGCAUGACGAAAUACUAAAAAUAAAUGUAUUAGGAGGCCAGUCAGUGGCAUUUGAAAAAAAGCUGCCACCCAGGAAUCCCCUGCAAUGCCACAGGUGCCAGGCCUAUGGUCACACCAAAAAUUAUUGCCGGAACGAGCCCAAAUGCAUGAAGUGUGCCAGAGGCCACCUCUCAACCGAAUGCACGAAGCCCAGACACACCCCAGCCAAGUGCGCAAACUGCGACGGGGAUCACGUCAGCAGCUUUAAGGGUUGUCCAGCCUUUAAAGCGGCCAGAAGCAGGCUCAAGGUCAAUAAAAUGAUCAAUGAGGAUAGACUCACAAAGCAAGCUAUAGGGAGACCCAGCGUAUGGGAGGAGAUAUCCAAACGUCCUCAAACAUUCCGAGUGGCCCCAUUUCCAGCAGGUAGCCAUCGCAGGGAUGUGAGUGGCUGUGACGAGGGCCGAAGUGGACCAGUGAGGGGCUUCACAAACCCUUUCUCUGGCAGAAAUGUCCAACCAAAGCCCAGCCACCAUAGUACCGAAAUCAAGAGAAGGCUUACCAAGAUUAAGAACAGAGAAAAGAGAAAACAAACACCCAGCCAAAAAAAGGAUAAAGUAGGGAAAGGACGGAGAGCUCCUAUAGCCGUGGACAUGAAUCCCAACCCAGCCGCCAGCCAUCUGGAGAAAUUCCAGAAUAGACUGCGAGAAGAGCAGAUUGCACUCUCGCAGUCCUUGAAAACUAUGGCAGUGGGUCCGGCCGAACCGGAAAGCAAGCGAUUUGAAGAAAGGCUGAACAAGAUCGAAGCCAGCAUAAGUGACAUCCUGGCUGCCAUCAGUCAACUAGGCAGUCUAGUGCAGAGCCUUCCCUCCAACGGCAAAGUGAACAAGUCCGUGCCUCUCAGGGCAGACAGAGAUAACAGCAACCAAAUGGAAGAAGACAACUAAAAUGACUUAUGUUAAUAUCACAGACAACAUAGACAACCAGCCAAUACAAACUUAAUUCAUGCACACAAACAACAGCAGCAACAACAACAAUUCCAAUACGUUAAGGGUAGCCUUUUGGAAUGCCUGUGGAAUAAAAAAUAAAAUGAUUGAAUUAGAAACUCAUAUGACAAAUGCGAACAUACACAUAAUGAUGGUCAUCGAAACAAGGGUCAAACAGGAUGCAACUUUAUUACAAAUACCGAACUACCUGACAUAUCACGCUGCCAAUCCAAACAAUCAUAAAAAAGGAGGCGUCGUCACUUAUGUAAAAGACAACAUUAGACAUGCCGCGCUUGAGCCAAUACAGACCGAAUUUCUUCAAAGUGCACCAAUAGUAAUUAUCCCCAACACAAACAAUAGAAAAGACAUGACUGUAGUUGCAUCAACAUAUUGUCCACCCAGCUUCAAUUGGUCAAAAAGUCAUUUUAGAUCGUUACUACAGCAUUUUGACAACAUAAUAGGGGGUACCUCUGGCUUCCUUUGCUGCGGGGACUGGAACGCAAAGCACCCAUGGUGGGGGAACGCCAGAUCCUGCAAAAGAGGCCGUGCCCUAAUGGAAGCCGUCAACUUUGGAGCCAGAUACAAUAUCUUGGCCACAGGAGGUGCCACUCACUACCCAUACGACAGCAGAAAAAGACCCUCGGCCAUUGACUUUGCAGUUUGUGGUGGCUUGACAAGACAUAGGCUGAAAAUCCAUUCAUGUAGCAGUCUGGACUCCGAUCACCUGCCAAUAACCAUCGAAAUGUGUAUAAAUGGGGCCGACACAUUCACCCAAAGUUCUAUAGGCAGACGACUAAUUACAAAGAAGACAAAUAUUAACAGAGUAAAAGAGCACUUGGAACAGACCAUAAACUUAAACACGGAAAUUCACUCGGGACUGGAUAUUGACGACGCAGUAAAUAUACUGACUACAAACAUACAAGACGCGGUAAAACUAGCCACUAAAAAUGUAAACUCCAAUCAAGGACACAGACCUGGGAAUUCAAACAGACAACGAAGGAUGGACAAAGCACGCUACAAACUAGACGAUGAAACUAGAGCUCUUCUGCAAAUAAAAAACGAACUGAACCUCAGAUUUAAAAUAUUCCGCACAGAAGAGGCUAAAAAACUGUACAAGGCCGCCCAGAACACCCUCAGGAAAAAAUUACAAAAAUUAAAAACAAACAACAUUAAUCAGCAAUUUGAAGGUAUAAACACGCAAGACAGAUACAAAAUGGCAAAGCUCUGGAAAGUAACAAAUACAAUCAAGAGACAGCCACAACCAAACUGGCCCAUUUGCACGCAGACGGGGAACUCU